AAACUGUAAACAACUGACGUUGACGAAACGUCAGCGUUGUGAGGCACAACAUCCUGCAACGUGGAAUGACCUUUGCACUGCCGUGAUUAUACAUUAAAACAAGCCCAUCCCUCCUCUGCUAGUGUACAUAUCCUGUUGUACUAUUUACACAUUACAGUGGUGUGGUCUGUAGUGAGUUGGCUGGAAAGGACAUCACACCGAUAAUACUGUACUCUGAUUGAAGCCUUAUAGAGUUUGAUUCUUGAAAUUUGCAUUAUUUAGUAGGAUCUUCGUUUCUGGCAGUUUUUUAAAGUGCCAGGUUGUAAAUCAUGGCCGACGUGAAAAGUUCAGCCAUACUCUUCUUUACGGUUCUGAUGUGUGGGGUUUUAUAUGCUGAAAGCCAAGCCCGAGGUCAUCAGCAGCCACCAAUGAGAGGGUUUAACAGACAGGGCCAGCCGUUACAGCAGAGAGGACAGCCUGUACAGCAACAGCAGGGCAGGAUGCCCCGGCAGGGCGGCCGACAGCUGUCCGAACAGGAGAAAGCUAGGGCACAGCAACAGCAUGCACAACGGAUGAUGGAACAGCAAAGACUGCAACAACAGCAACAGAUCCGACAACAGCAAAGACAAAUGCAGCAACAGCAGCAAAUGCAACAGGCACAGCAACAACAAAGGGAAAUGCAGCAACUACAGCAGCAACAACAGCAGCAAGCCCAGCAGAUUCUGCAACAGCAGCAAGCACAACAGGGUCAGCAGCAGCAGACACAACAAUGGGGUCAGCAACAACAGCAAAUACAACAGCAAGUCAUGCAACAAGGUGGACAGAUAUAUCAACAGCAGCAGCCACAGCAGCAGCAGCAACAACAACAACAGGUUGUACAAAUGUAUCAACAACUUGGACAGCAGCAGACACAGCAGCAACAAGUGAUACAAAUGCAACAGGAACAACAGACUAUGCAAGAACAACAACCUCAAGUGGAUCAAGAACAGCAGACACAGCAACAGAUUCUACAAGAACAGCCACCACAAGUUCAAGAACUGCAGCCCCAGCAGGAACAACAGCAGGCACAGCAAAAAUCUCUGAAAGAAGAACAGCAGGGAGAAAUGCUACAACAAAAAAUCCCAAAACAGACUGUGUCAGAUACAGACAGCAUAAAGCAGGAACAGCAGGAUGCUGCAACUGAACAGCUGGAUACUGCAGCUGAACAGCUGGAUAAUGCAGCUGAACAGCUGGAUACUGCGGCUGAGACAGAUAAAGCAGACUUACUCCAGCCACCUGAACAGCUGGAUACUGCGGCUGAGACAGAUAAAGCACACUUACUCCAGCCACCUGCCCCAGAUGUUCAAGAGACAGAACAGAAGAAAGACAUAGCUGAUCAGGAACAGCACUCGGAACAACAGCAGUUAGCUGACAGCAUUGAAAAGAACAUGCAGCAAUCUGCAGAGGACCAAGAGACUGUGGAUGACCAGAAGGACCUUCAGGAGGUGGAUGUUGACCAAGAAGAUACAAACAAACAGGAGGAACAAGAUCUGAUCACUGAAAGCAAAGACAAUGACACACAGUCUCAAGAUGAUGUUGGUGAUCAAGAGUCGUUAGAGCAAAGGUAUCCUACAAAAGAAAUAACAUCGGAAGAAGAAGACUUCGCCGAUGAGAAUGAAAUGCCAGAUUCAAAGCUACCACUGCCAGGGAAAGAGGACGCCACAGGAAAAUUUGUAGACCCCAUGUCGUUUGAGAAGCUACACGCUGUCCUACAAUGGCAGCAGGCUACCAUCGGUGGGCUCCAAUCACGGUUGGAAGCCCAGGAAGAGAGGAUGGCCCAGCUGGAGAUGGCUGCCGACGACCACGACUUUCAGCUGGAAACCUGUUCGGAAAGGGUCUCCUCCUUGGAGCAGAUGCAGGUUGACCUCAGUAACACCAUGCUGGACUACUACACCAAGGUGAGCAACGUAGAACAGGAGAAGAACACCGAGCAGGAUGGGACCAUUGCCAAACAGGGGGACCUGAUACUGGAGGUAGAUAAAAAGGUCCAACAGCAGGCAAAGAGAGCUGAGAAGCAGGAGGAGGCUAUAGCAGCACUUCGGGUGGCACUAGUCCACUUCUGGGAGUCCUACGUCAAACCAUCACUAACUGACGGUGAAGAAAAGGACAAACAGAAACUUGCAAAGAAAGAAGGAACUGCAGAUAAAGAGGAGGAGGAGGACCUUCAGGAAGAGGCUGACCAACAAUAUCUCGAAGAAGACAAAGAAGAAUAGACUGAAUGCAAACAAAAAUGAAGAAUAAGACAAAAAAAAGAAAUUGUCACAUGGAUUUUCAGAUUCUGGAUAUUAAGUAUGCCAUCCUUAGCUUCCUGAAUUCUGCCACCUCAACAAGUAAUUAAUUCCUGAUGGCUUGUGUGUAUUGCUAACUAUCAUUUACAGUCAAGUCAGACUAGAAUGACUUGUUCGAAAAACUUUUCUUUUUUGGAUCUUUUAAUUCAGUUAUUCUAGUUUAUAAUUACUUGAUGCAUAAUGCAUGAAACAUACAUAUAAACACAUAAUAUACAUGUACAAGUAUAUGUCAUACAUAAGAUAACUUUCAAAAUUUGCAUGAAAAUGAUAAAUAAGAGUAAAGAGGCAAUUAAUGGGAAUAAAGUUACAAGAAGUAGACAGUAUGCCAAAAGUCUGAUAGUGAACAUCAUUAAAAGUAAUCAACAAUUU